GUACAAACUCUUCCCAUUUUCUGUGUGUGGAAUCCCUUCAUUAGGUUGUACAGAUCGUGUGAUACUACUAAUCGAAGAGUACAAUUUGAUGUUGAGCCCUGUGGCAAGCAUCUUGCCACUGGUGGGCAGGACGGCAUGGUCCAUAUUUACGACCUUCAAGGUGGCCAGUGGGUGACAGGCUUCCAAGCAGCUGCUGAUACUGUCAACGGUUUCUCCUUUCAUCCAUACCUUCCUCUUGCUACAACAUCAUCUGGGCACAGAAGAUUUGGUAUGCAAGAUGAAUUCGAAGAGGAAUCGAGUUUGGCAGACGAUGAGAAAUGCUGCUCCGUCUGGAAGUUUUCUUGCUCACAAGAAGCUUGAAACAACAUCAAGCCCUAAGCUAUGGAGGGACAGGCGAACAUUUUGGACUGCAGAUGCUGGAGGUACAUGGUGUAGUGACAUCGGGCUAUAGCUAUGGGUGAGCAAGAACUGGAUGCAGACCGCUAAAACGUGAACUAUACCGUUGAGUUACUAGAGAAUUUGCCGGCUUAUCCUGUUCCAGGCACACAACUUACCAUGCUGGGUAACAAGCUCGUAAAGCAUGAUAGUACGAUUGUUUUUUGGGGGAUAUGAGCUGAUAUUUUUAUCAUGGCAUGUAAAGAUGGUAUUUGUGUGCAUAAACACCUUGUAUGUC